GUCCACCUCAACAACGUGCAGCGGUGGCGGCAGCCACCAAAGGAAAGAUAAACGUCGAGCGCCGUAACAUAUCCGCGUAGUUAAACGUAUUACAUGUAAUGUCGGACGCAGCAGAGUUGAAAUCCCUUGCAAAGCAGCUUCAGGGCUCUUCGUCAGAGCAGGAGAUCAAAGAUGUGCUUGCUAUACUGAAGAAAGACGCCAAAAUCACCGAGGCAUGGCUGAGGGAGAGCAAAAUCGGACUUGCAGUCGGGAAACUCCGUUCCCAUGCGAACAGGGACAUAUCCAACCUCGCAAAGGAGGUAGUGAAGAAGUGGAAGGCGGAGGUGGAGAAGGAGAAGGAGACGAGGGGAUCGAGCGCCACCCCGAGCACGCCGGGUGGUGCAUCCACGACGGCUAGCACUCCCAAACCCCCGCCAGUGCGGAAAGCGUCGAUAGCGUCUAGCGUCGGCGCACCACCAGCAUCGCCAGCCACAACCAUCGCGAGCCCAACCACAUAUGCGAGGACGUCGCUGCCCACCAAUGGCGCGCCGCGAACUGCCAAGCUCGACGGCAUCUCCAUGGAUGUAACGAGUGACAAAACUCGGGACAAAUGCAUUGAACUCAUCUACGACGCGUUGGCCUCCGACUCCAGUGCUCCCGCCGACUUGGUCCUCAAACGAGCGCGAGGCAUCGAAAGCGACGUCCUAUCGCAGUUCCGCACCACGGGCGCCGAGUACAAGGCCAAAAUCCGCAGUUUCUUUGUCAACCUGAAGGAUAAGAACAACCCAGGCUUGCGUGCCGCCGUUGUUAGUGGCGAACUUCCCGUCGAGAAGUUUGCGAAGAUGACUAGCGCGGACAUGGCUUCUGAAGAGCGCAGGGCGCAGGACCAGAAAAUCAGGGAGGAAAACCUGUUCCAGUCCCUUGGCGCUGAGGAGCAGCAAGCCGAGACGGACGCCUUCCAGUGCAGCCGCUGCAAGCAGCGCAAGUGUCGCUACCGCCAGGCGCAGACUCGAAGUGCCGACGAACCGAUGACCACAUUCGUGACGUGUACUGUAUGCAACAACAGGUGGAAAUUCUCGUGAGCGCCGCAGCAGCGCCCACGUCGCCCUUCUUCUAUCAGACGUUGCGCAUCUCCCAGCUCGAGCGUCGCCGAGGUUCUGCUUUGUAUAUAUUUGGCUCGCUCUUUAUAGUGCCACUGACUUGUGUUCUAUAUAUACUCGAAGCUUACCAUUAUGCCGCC